CUCUCAUUGUCUCUAUAUAAAAGAAAGAGUAUACAAGAUUACUAGAUAUUGCAUGAUCAAAGAUCAAUAUGCCUUCUUUGCAUAAAGAACAAAUAAACGCCCAACCGAAACCACUGGUUUUUGAUUCUUUGAUCCUGCAACAUGAAACCAACAUACCCGAACAGUUUAUAUGGCCUGAUCAUGAGAAACCCAACUCACAAAAAGCCAAGGAAUUAGCAGUUCCUUUAGUUGACCUACGAGGCUUUCUUUCUGGACGUGCUAGUUCAGCCAAGGAAGCCUCCGUGAUUGUUGGUGAGGCUUGCAAGAAACAUGGUUUCUUCCUAGUGACCAAUCAUGGUGUUGAUGCAAGCCUCAUAGUAGAUGCUCAUAGGUACAUGGACCUAUUCUUUGAGCUUCCUUUUUUGGACAAACAAAGAGUUGAAAGAAAAAUAGGUGAGAGCUGUGGGUAUGCAAGCAGCUUCACCGGUAGGUUCUCCUCUAAACUACCAUGGAAAGAAACACUUUCUUUUCAAUUCUCAGGUGAAAAAAAAUCAUCCAAAAUAGUGGAGGAGUAUUUUGAGAAGACAAUGGGAAAAGAAUUUGCUCGACUCGGGAAAGUCUACCAAAAAUAUUGCAAUGCCAUGAGUAGACUUUCACUAGGAAUCAUGGAAUUACUGGGGAUGAGCCUUGGUGUAGAGCAAUCGCACUUUAAGGAAUUCUUCAAAGAAAACGAUUCGAUAAUGAGGCUAAACUACUACCCACCAUGCCAAAAACCAGACCUCACCUUAGGAACAGGUCCUCAUUGUGAUCCAACAUCAUUAACAAUUCUUCACCAAGAUUCCGUUGGUGGACUAGAAGUGUUCAUAGACAAUGAAUGGCGUUCAAUUGCUCCAAAUCUUAAUACUUUUGUAGUAAACAUCGGUGAUACAUUCAUGGCACUUUCAAAUGGACAAUACAGAAGCUGCUUACAUAGAGCUGUGGUUAACAACAAGAUUCAUAGGAAAUCACUUGCUUUCUUUCUAUGUCCAAAAAAGGAUAAGGUGGUGAGCCCACCAGAUGAACUAGUGGACGAAAAGAACCCCAGAAUUUAUCCAGAUUUUACAUGGUCUACGUUUCUUGAAUUCACUCAGAAGCAUUACCGAGCAGACAUGAACACCCUCCAAGCUUUCUCCAACUGGAUUCAGCAGAAAAACAGCUGAAUUCGAAUUCUUUUUUUCCUUUCUGUACCACUAUCCUUCACAUGAAACGAAAUGAGGAAGCAGAGAUUCUUAAGUCAAAAGAUUCCCAUAACCUAUAAGUUGAUUUUCAAUCUUAUUUGUUAUUACCGAGUACCUUAUCCAGCUAUAUGAAAGCGGAUGUACAACAGAAGUUUCGUACUCUGAAGGAGAAUGCAUGAAACCAGUAUCUUGGUUAAUACUGUAGUUGCAUGAAAAAAGUAAUGUUGAGGUCGAUGGACAAGGAUUUAGUUUCUAUCGAGGUCAUAUUCGGGAUGCGUAUACAUAUGCCAAAAUUUGUGAUUUUCUAUUUUAGUAAAUAUGUAGGAAAUAAUUUUUAAUAACCACUAGUUAGUAGCAUUACCAGCCAUCAAGUUUAGUGAAGAAGAAACAAAAAAGACAUUAAUAAAUACUAGUAAGGGGAAUCCUAUGCUAGAUUAAUUCGUUUUAAUUUGUAUUUCAAAUUAUUUUCAUUGUUUUACAUGAUUAUAUAUCAUUGUAUAAGCUUUAGAUCCAUUAAUCAACGUUUUCUUUAUCUUCAUGUUCCAACUUUCAUUGAAUCUCG